ACGUAGGUUGACGUUGGUCCUGUAGGGCUCGUGAGUGCAGUUCAGUCUGUUGUCCAGGCGGCUACGUGUACCGUGCCGUGCCGUGCCUGGCUGCAGUACACAACAGCGGUCAGACACCUCCAUGGUCCAGCCGCUUGUAACCCGACCUUGAGCUCUUCACCCCCCGAGUCCUCCGCUCCUUCCCCGUCCCCUUCCCUCCUCUGCCGGCAUCUGCGCCCCUCAGCAGCCGGAGGAGAGGGGGUCCAGAGCGGGGAGAGUCAGUGAGGGUACGGCCAGCAUGGACCCCCAGGCGAAGGACCGCAGCAGUCAGGCUUCAGCGGGGGGUUUCAGCGGGCGCCUGGCUUCUCUGGGGGCCGACGGCGGCGACUCCGAAUCCGGAGCCGGCUCGGAGGAGGCGGCCGUGGGGUGUUGCAGCGACACAUUCAGCAGCCUGCCCGACAUGGAACAAGACAGCCUGGAGGAGAAAUUAAGAGGACUGGCGUUCAGAAAGCAGACCUCGUAUCGGAAAGCGAUUUCCCGCUCUGGCCUCCAGCACCUCGGACCACCCCAACCGUCCCUGCCUCCAGCAUCCAACGGCCCCAACAAGGACCUACGGACAUGUGUGGACUGGACGGAGAACGCUGUGAAUGGGGAUCACCUAUGGAUGGAGACGAGUUGUUCAGGAGAGCUCUGUUAUCUCGGAGAGGAUACCUGUGUACUAAAGACUGCAAAGUCAGCCCCCAGGAGGAAAUGUGCAGCCUGUAAGAUUGUUGUUCACACCGGCUGUAUAGAGCAACUAGAAAAGAUCAACUUCCGGUGUAAGCCAACUUUCAGAGAGGGAGGCUCCCGGUGCCUCAGAGACCAGAACAUACUGAGACAUCAUUGGGUUCACAGACGAAGACAGGAGGGGAAAUGUAAACAGUGUGGAAAGAGUUUUCAGCAAAAGUUCUUUCAUAGUAAAGAAAUCAUAGCUAUCAGCUGUUCAUGGUGUAAACAGGCUUUCCACAACAAAGUGACGUGUUUCAUGCUGCACCAGAUUGAGGAGCCUUGCUCACUGGGGGCCCAUGCCGGAGUCAUAGUACCACCCUCCUGGAUCAUCAAAGUCAGGAAACCGCAGAGCUCACUUAAGAACUCUGCCAGGAGAAAAAAACGGACAUCUUUCAAACGAAGGACGAGCAAGAAGGGACUGGAUGAGUCCAAAUGGCGUCCGUUUAUGUUGAAGCCCCUUCCUUCUCCUCUCAUGAAACCCAUUUUGGUUUUUGUCAAUCCCAAGAGUGGGGGCAACCAGGGUGCCAAGGUGUUACAGAUGUUCAUGUGGAUCUUGAACCCCCGACAAGUCUUUGACCUUUCACAGGGUGGGCUCAGAGAGGCGUUGGAGUUAUAUAGGAAAGUGCCAAAUCUGAGGAUUCUUGCCUGUGGAGGGGAUGGCACGGUGGGGUGGAUCCUGUCCGCUCUAGAUGAGUUACAGAUGAACCCACAGCCUCCUGUCGCUGUUCUUCCUCUGGGAACAGGAAAUGACCUCGCCAGGACGCUCAACUGGGGUGGGGGUUACACAGAUGAGCCUGUGUCUAAGGUUUUAUGUCAUGUGGAGGACGGGUCAGUGGUGCAGCUGGACAGAUGGAAUCUUCUAGUGGAGAAGAGUGCCUCACAGCCAGAGGAGGGCACGCAGAAGCUGCCCUUGAAUGUGUUCAACAAUUACUUCAGUUUGGGCUUCGAUGCUCAUGUUACCCUGGAGUUUCACGAGUCCAGAGAGGCCAACCCAGAAAAGUUUAACAGUCGCUUCCGCAACAAGAUGUUCUAUGCAGGAGCUGCGUUCUCAGAUUUCCUCCAGAGAAGCUCCAGGGAUUUGUCCAAGCACGUCAGAGUGGUGUGUGAUGGGACAGAUUUAACUCCUAAGAUCCAGGAGCUGAAAUUCCAGUGCAUUGUGUUUCUAAACAUUCCCAGGUACUGUGCAGGCACCAUGCCGUGGGGAAACACAGGGGACCACCGGGACUUUGAGCCUCAGCGCCAUGACGACGGCUGUAUCGAAGUUAUCGGCUUCACCAUGGCCUCACUGGCGGCGCUGCAGGUUGGUGGUCACGGAGAGAGACUUCAUCAGUGUCGAGAAGUCGUCCUCACCACCUUCAAAACUGUACCUGUUCAGGUGGAUGGUGAGCCAUGUCGACUGGCUCCAUCAACUCUGCGCAUCUCCCUCCGAAAUCAGGCCAACAUGGUCCAGAAGAGCAAGAGACGCACCUCUGUGCCCCUGCUCAACGAUAUUCAGAAGGUGUGUGCAGCUGAUCUGCGCCGCCUCUCUGCUCCCCCCGACUCCUUCUCUGUUCCUCAUGCAGUUCCAGAUCGCCUGCGUCUGCGGGUGAAUCGCAUCAGCCUGCAGGAGUACGACAGACUGCAGUACGAUAAAGAACGGCUGCGAGACAUCUCCAUCCCAGUCGGCAUUGUGGUGGUGAGAGGAGACUGUGACCUGGAGACAUGCAGGCUUUAUAUUGACAGAUUGCAAGAGGAUUUACACCAGGCGCCAUCUACUGGCCACAGAGUGCACUAUCAGGACGAGACCAGAGGAGUCCCGAGGACCAGUUCAACCAGUAGACUCUCUCCUAAUUGGAGCUUCUUAGAUUCCACAUCGGCCGACCGGUUCUAUCGCAUCGACAAGGCUCAGGAGCACCUUCACUUUGUCACAGAAAUAUGUCAAGAUGAGGUUUUUAUCCUGGACCAUGAGGGCCCCACGUUGAACCAGGGGCCCUCCACGGGGAUGCCUGAUUUGGUGGUGGAACCAACGGCUGGGUACGUCAGCAAUGACACAGCGUAUAUCAGUCACAGACACACAGCAAAACAAAAACAUACUCCCUUGACACCAGAGGAACAAGCACUACUGACAGCUGCCAGCUCUGGGGAUCUGUCUAUGCUGACGGAGUGUGUGCGUCAUGGUGUUAGCUUGUUGGUCAGAGACUCUGGUGGCUGCUCAGUGCUACAUGUAGCAGCUCAGAAUGGACAUGCAGAUCUGGUUAGCUACAUCCUGCAACAGGGCUCCAAAGUGCUUCUGGAUUUAACAGACAGAGAGAAAGGGGACACUGCCUUGCACAAAGCAGCCUCAGGAAAGCAGCAUGCAGUGUGUCGACUGCUGGUGGAGGCCGGUGCUUCACUUGAGAAAACCAACUUCCAGGGGAAAACACCAGCAGACCAAGCUGAAGGAGACUCGGAGCUGGCCACCUACCUGAGCACCCAACAGCACACAUCCUCUACACCCCAUGAAGACCUGGAGACGGCUGUGUGAGACGCACCCCCCCCCCACUCCCACUCACUCUGUCUCUGUGGACUCUGCACACUCGUAGUGGAGAAGAAACUGGGAGCAACUCCUUUUUAAAAAGAACCAAACAGUCUUUCCAGACAAACCAGAGGAGGGAACUGCCUGAGCUCACAGCAGCCCCACAGUGGAGAAAUGUUUUAUUGGUCAACUAUUUAUUUGUAUUUAUUUAUUCAUUCAUAUUCUAUUUAUUGGUUGUAAUGAUUGACUGAGUGGUUGAUUGUCGGACUGGUCACAGUUCAGGAUGCAAGUGCACUAAGACCGGUCGAGUCACUUGUCAUUUUUUGGAGCUGAAUUCAUGACAACAUAUUGUUCUCAUAUUGUAAGGGAUUUGUUUUGAUAGCACAUCAGAUUUUAACAAACUAAUAGACUUUUACAGUAGUUGGUUUUGAAAGAAGUUAUUUCUGUUGAAAGUUAAGAGUCACUUCACUGCGUAUGGACAUAGUAAAGUAUAUAUGCUACCCCAUAAAACCUGCGUGCCAAAGACAUUGCACUGAUGUAGUGUCAUAUCUUGUCCUCACUUUUAAUAAUGUUACCAGCAUCUUAUUGGUUGUUUUUUUAAUUUUAUGAUUUAUCUACAAAAGUUAUUUUUGAGCCUGUGUGAUUAUGCGGAAUGAAAUCUGUCACUUCUCAUUUACUGUUCACAUUAUAUGAACGCUGGAGCUGCGAUAAGUACAGAAACUGCACAUAAAAACACACAUAAAAUACCACAAAACAACCGUGACUGAUGGUCAAACAUCCUCAAAACCUGAAACUAAGAAAAGUAUAAGCCACACAAAAAUUAAAUGAGUGAUGAAUUCUAAAAUUGACACUUGGUAGUUAUCAACUACUAUUUUAUUGCUAAAAAAAACUUUCAAAUUGUUAGAAAUAGUGGUUUCUAUGUUAAUUUAUAUCAUUAUAGGGCUAAAAAGAUGAAAGCAUGAUGUUCUAUUCUGAUACACAGGAUCAAAAUAGGUUUAAAAAUGUCCAGUAGUAGUUAAAUGUAGCCAUUAAUAUCCAUUUUGUACUUUUAGUACACAGUUCAAACGAUAUUUACAAGAUUUUUAUGACCAAAUGAUGGCAUCAGGAAAGUGCAAUACAUGUUAAUCCCAACUGCAGGAUGAAAAUACGUAAUUCCUCCUUUUAACACAAUUUAAUUCUCACCUCUGAAGUAAAGUUUAGACCGUCACAGGUCAAUUAAACAUUCAAUUGAAAAUCUCAUUUGCAAGACUAAUAGUUUGAGUAGUUUAGAUCCAAACAAACAGCCUUUAAACUGUAUUUUUUCACAAACUCCAUCUUAAUAGGACUGAAUCCAUCGUAUCAGGGUUGGUUGACGCUGACUGGACCAUGGGAUUUAAGUGAUAACUGCUGAGUGAAGAAUGCUGGUGUAAUGUGUUACAUGGAGCAGACUGUUGUAAAAAAAGACGUUUUAAGAUUCAUCAUCAGUUACCUGUUCAUUUCAGUGACACUCACACCCACUAUCUACCUUUCUACAGUAGGAUGUUGUGAAGGCUUUUCAUCUGCAGCGUGUGUCAGUGUGCAUCUGUCUGUGUGUGUGCGUGUGCGUGCGUGCGUACGUACGUAUGUGCGUGUGUGUGUGCGUGUGUGAGACGCUCCAUUCCAUAUCAGUCCAAUCUACAGCAACAAAGAGACUUAAGCAGAAAAGCAGCACUCCCAUUGUCUGUGCAGCCUGUGCAUAACUGCAGACUGUGUUGUGUUACUACUGUGUGUGUUUUCAUGUGCAACUUAACAACACGUGCCCGAGUGUGUGUACAUGUGUGUUUGUGGCAUUUAUCCAAGAAUGACAGAAGAAUCUGAGCCAUAUUCAAUGCAAUAUGAAUAGAUGACUUCUUUUUGCAUUUCUCUUUUAAUUGUUUACAUUACAUUAAUGUUUUAAACAUAGUCGACCAUUUAGCACCGAAGAGUAUUGAAUGUGCAGUUUUACUUCAGUGCUGGUUGGGUAAAUGAUUGUCUGUUUUUUUUUUUUUCUUUUGUGUGCAUGUAUGUCAUUGGAUUGGAAUUUUAAAAAAAAUAACCCUGUGAGGUUUAUUUUGGUAUAACCUGUUGUAAACUAAAUAAUCUUAUAGUGGGAUAUGCUUUUUGGGAACAGGUUGUGGAGACUGAGAGAAUUUGAGACUCAGACGUAGCCACUGUAGAAGUCAAAAUAUGAUUUUUCUUUUACAUUUUACUAUUUAAACUUUUUUUAUGCAACUUUUGGUUGAAAAUAGAGCUGCUCAAGAGCUAUUUCUUAUUUGAUCCACACUAUAACAGGAUGGCAGCUCCUGUUUUUGCUCAAAUUAAAUUCUUACAAGUAAAAAAACAGAAACAUAGGUGGUAAUUCUCAGUUUUUUUAGCAAAACUUCUGCCAUGACCUCUAUGGUGGCUACUGCUGUUAAUGUCCAAAACCUUCCUCUGAGUGUCUGCAGACAAAUUAAAUAGUCAAAACUGUGUAUAAAUGAAUCCUGAACUCUGUGGACAGUGAUGACUUAUUUUCUAUGAAGUGACUGUGGUAUAAGCUCGAUCCUGUUCUGAAUGACAUGCACACAUGCUUCUUAUCACUCUUUUUAUUGAGUAGAGAACAUGACUUUGUAUUAAAUUGUGUCUCUCAUCAGCGUUGGUUAUGCAUGGAAUUUUCUUACCUCCUUCAGAUCACUUUCUGAAGUAUGGCAUUGUUGUUUUAAACUAUUAAAUUAUUCUAAUUUUAAAUGA